AUGAUGACCGACGCCCGACUGGGCCACGGCUUGCUGGCGGUAAAACCUCCGGUCAGGAACGGAUGACGACACGCACUCGGGGCCCGCCGCCCUUUCUUUGUUUGGAAGCCCUGGAGGAGGUGGCGAAGGUGGCGAAGGUGCUGCUGCUUUCGAUCCCUUGCCUUGCCUUGCCUUGCCUUGCCUUCCCUGUCCGAUCGCCCGCUUCAUCACUCUACGCGCCUUGCUCGACAAUUCCGGGGCUGCUUCGUCGUCGUCCUCCCGGCCGACGACCCGACUCGACCCGACCCGACCCGACCUCACCUCGACUCGCACCGGGACGCGUGUGAUCCAAGUGUCGUCGAAUGAAAUGCAGGUGCCCGACAGGCGGAGCUCUUUGUCUUAGGCACGCCAGACCGUAUGCUGCUCUGCUCGUAGAAUCCUGCGAUCGAUCGAGCGAGAGCCGAUCAAACAGAGGAGCGGAAGAGAGGAGAGGAGAGGAGAGGAGAGGUGAGGGGAUCGAUUGGAAUAGAUGUGAUACAAUCGAAGGCGUUUGGAUCGAACUGGUCUUGGGGCUUGGGGCUUGGGGCUUGGGGCUUGGAGCCGGAAGGAAGGGAGGGCGGGGCGCGAUGGACAAGGAACCGGAGGAGAUGCAGUAUUUGGGAGUGGUGGGGGUAAUCAAGGAGGCGUUCAAGUUGAUGAGAUCGUAUGGCAGAUUGCUCGCAUCGCUGACGGCGACGCUGGUGUUGCCGCUGUGCUUUGUGAUGCUGGCGCAUCAUUUGCUGUCGGACCCGCUGAUGGACACUCUGAAGCGUCAACAGGACAGGGUGGUGACGAUGGAAGGGACCGCGGCGGGAGAUAAACUCAAGGCGACGAUGGAUAGGGAAACUGUUGUGCUGCUCGUGAUGGGGAUUUUGUACGUGCUGUUCGUCCUUGCGUUCUCUCUGCUCUCCUUCGCGGCCAUUGUUUACAGCGUGGCGUGCAUCUACACGGGUAAAGGGGUCUCGUAUUCCAAGGUGCUGAGUGUGGUGCCCAAGGUGUGGAAGAGGCUCAUGAUCACCCUGUUAUGGUCCUACCUCAUCAUGUUUGCCUACCAGCUGUCCGGCAUCGCAGUGUUUGUCGUCCUCAUAAUUCUCUUCUCAUCCCUCUCAAUUCUGGUACCGGUGUUGUUUCUCACGGCCGCGGUGUUCCUCGUGAUACUGGUGUACAUUGUCAUGAUCUGGGACAUGGCCAGUGUGGUCUCGGUGCUGGAAAAAUCGUUCGGCUUAGGGGCUCUCAAGAAAAGUGUGCAGGUCCUGAAGGGCAAGCGACUUACAGCGAGCUGUCUUGUGGUUCUGUUCUGGGUGCCUAACUUCGUCAUAUCCAGCCUGUUCCAAUCACAGGUCGUGCACUCAUCUGGGAGCUUGUGGGGUCGAGUUUUCUAUGCAGCUCUGCUCGUCUCGCUUUUCUCCGCCUUAUGGAUGAUGAGUGUCGUUGUGAAAAGCGUUUUGUACUUUGUCUGCAAGGCUUACCAUCAUGAGACCGACAGAUACGUUUUGUCAGAGCUCCUGGAUGGCUAUUUGGGAGAGUACAUGCCACUGAAGGACCCCAUCCCUUUGGAGACUCUCGAGGCUUGAAUUUUCGAUGCGCUUCGGAUCAAUUUACUAGCAAGUGUCCAUCGCUGCUGGGGUUAUGUGGAGCUUCUACUUUCUCAAAACAUCAUCGUGCGUUGACCGAAGGUGGGAACGGGAUGGGAUCAGAUGAACGGCGCUGUUGUUUUUAUUCCUGUUUUAGAUCUUUCAGGGAAAGUUGGUCAUGUACAUUACAAGCUCUUGAAGAGAAACACAAAGAAUUAUUCUCCUUCCAACUAGCGUUGCAACUUGUUGUGAGGUGAGCACCCUUUCUUGUAAAUAGUUAUGUUCCGUUGAUAACUCCCAUUGAGAUUUGGUGGAUCCAGUGACAAUGCUAGUAAAGCAUGGUGUAUAUGAAUAAUUCUACUCUGGCCACAAUUUUGGCCGACUACUCUCCAGAUUUUGUAUCUCAUGCAGUACAUGAUUUCUUUGAUUUUCUUCUGUCAUAUUUUCUUCAAAAUGUAUCUGAAGGACUCAGUGAUAUAUGGCCCCGCUUUUCAUGUUGACUAAUAGACGUAGAUGUAUUUGCCCCAAGCUGCUCCAUGGG